AUGCCAAGUGAAUUUGCUAGACAACUAAGGUCACUGGUUGAGCUUGAUCGCUGGAAAGCAACUGAGUUUCGUCAAUUUCUGCUAUAUACUGGGCCUGUUGUGUUGAGAGGCAUUUUACCAGAUAAUCUAUACCAGCACUUCCUUUCUCUGUCUAUUGCAAUUUCUAUAAUGCUAGACAUGAAUACUGCGAAGCGAAGCUCAUAUCCGCUUAUUAAAAUCAAAUGUUCUGCAGGUCAGUCAUUUUAUUGAAGAUAAAAUAUGUAUUACUGCAUGAAAAAACAAAUAUGUGGGACGUAUUAAUAAUCUAACAAAAUACUGUUGCAGCGACACAGUUCUACAUUUUUCUGUUUUUUACUAUGAAAUUUUUACGUACAAGUACUUUGUUCUUUAAACCAGAUUACAAACAAGUUUGUGACAAUUAUGAAUUUACCACCACUGCUGAAGUAAGUGAUGAUGAUGAAGACGAAUAUAAGAAACAGAAGGAAAGUCUGGGAAAAAAGGGUGCCAAAGGUUAGCUGUUAGAAUAUAUGUGUUUUCAUAAAGAUGAGCUACAGUCCUGUCUGUGCAUAUUUUUUGUGCAUAUCAAAAUUCCAGAGAUUGCAGAGGUCCCCGACCAUUGGAAUUUUAAUUUGAUUAUUUGACUAUAUUGUAUUACAAAAUAUACAAAUCAUGCCAAAUAACAUAAUGUAAGCAAUGACAGUGUUAUGAACAGAACAUACAUGCAGAACAGACUUUACCUAUCAUUAAGCUUGUUUUCCACUUCGCCCGUUCUGUAUCGUAUCAAAAUGUUUUUAAAUUUCAAAAUUUCGUGAAUGUUGAUUGGUUAGUACUUCCGUAGGAUGCCAAAAAGUUGACUUGCGACAAACUUUUCAUUUUGAUACGCGAAUACACCUGGAAGUACGUGGACUUAUUAACCUCUUUUCAAUCUGCGCAUGCUCACCAGUACAUUUCGCUACGAUAUGGGCGAAGUGAAAAACCGGCUUUAAGUAUUACGAAGACUUUAAUGCACGGAUCAAGUAUUUAUCCUUCCCAUGAAGAGAAAUCUUUGGGAACUUGCCAUCUUAUUAUCUUAUAGGUUAUUUUUGUACUUUGCGUGCUUAUAAUUUUUUGUCUUUUGCAGCGAAACAAAUUUUCGACUCGUCAGACAAUAAUUCAGAUUAUGACGGUGAAGAUGCCAACUGUAUGUGUCAGAAUCAACUUUUAAAACCUCGUCCAUUUAGUAUGCUUUGUGCUUUAUGCUUUUGCUCUGCUAGUUCAGCACAAUACAACACAUAUGUGUGUGAUACUGCAUCUACUCAAAAGCCAUUCGUGAACUUUAUUCUAGUGACGCUUGUUUAUUUUUUAGCGAUAUCAGAAUUUCCACCUCCACCAAUGAAAUUUCAAACGUCAAAGAAUCGAAAAAGAUCACGGUCAAGAUCAAGAAGUUCUCUUCGAGAAAAAGAGAAUAACAAACCACGUAGCAAACGACCAAAUGAAUGUAAGCUUUUCGAAUUUAAGAAAAAUUAGAUACUAUUUAGAUGUUCAGUUGAAAAAGUAUAGAUUCUAGAAACCUGAUUCUCUGUUGAAGUCUUUUGAAGUUUUGCAUCUCGAUUUUACUAAUUUUAGACUGCCCUUCCUCAACUUCCAAGACACCUUCCGGAUCGAAGUUUGCGCCAUAUUACUGUGACAAUGAUAAUCAUAUUGACUCGCUGACGCCAUUGAUAUGACGCGACUGUUGAAGUCUUUUAAAGUUUUGUAUCUUUCGAUUUUACUAAUUUUAGACUGCCCUUCCUCAACUUCCAAGACACCUUCCGGAUCGAAGUUACGGUCGAACUCGAAAACAAAAUCAAGAUCCUCUGUGCGUUCGAGAUCAAAAACGAGAUCAAGAUCCAGAAUGAGGUCCAAACCUUCUGGAUCAGGGAAGCAAACUUUCUCUGAAAAGACCCCUUUAAUAGAAAACUGCAGAUCCAACGGUGGACCUUUACAAGCCACAGGUAAAGCAACAACAAUAUGUAUUAUUUAUUUAUUUUAAAAAAUCCUGGUUUCUGAUUGGCUAACAGCCGACUGUGAAAUUGUCAUAUCAACUCAAUACAGAUUUUUCACAUUCAUAUUAGCAAAAUGACGUCGAAGAGUUAAUAUGAAAAAAAUUUGGAUGCGUUUGCGCCAUAUUACUGUGACAAUGAUAAUCAUAUUGACUCGCUGACGCCAUUGAUAUGACGCGGUGACGGCUGCCGAAGGACUAAGGAAUUGUUUUUUUCUUAAUACAAAUAAAAUACAAAUGUGUUUGUUUUGAAUUUUCGCACAAUAUGAAAAAUUAUCAAGCCCUCAGUUCGGGCUUGAUAAUUUUUUCAUAUCGUGCUCAACCUCAUUCAGUAAUUGUUAAAUAUUGCAUACUAGAGCAUUUGGCUAUUAAGUCGAUUAAUUUAAUACAUACCUUGAUUCGCUCGAUUCAGCCUAUCAAGGACUAAGUAUCACAUCUGAGGAAUGGAGGAAAUGUGUCUUUUUAUUUCAACGAACUGUGUUUUAUGUGCUUUCGGUAUUUACUUAUGUAACAUUGUUAUCGUUGCAUCUCCCAAGAACAUAAAUAGUAUCUCUGAAGUUUUUUGUUGUGCGUUUCAGAUAUUUUAGCAACAGUAUUUCCAAAUGUAAGAAGAAGAUCACGCUCAGAAACGAAGUCUAGAUCACGAUCAAAAACAAGGUCUACAUCAAGUUCACUAUCAAAAACAAGUCACAGAACGAGAUCGCGAUCAAAAACGCAGUCUAAAUCACGAUCGAAAACAAGGUCUAGAACGAGUUCACGAUCAACAAGAAGUUAUAGAACGAAAUCGCGAUCAAACACGAGGUCCAGAUCAAGAACUACAUCCAGGCCUUCAGCUCCACAACCCAAGAGACAAAGUUUGGCAGAAAAGAGGACACCAGAAAGACAGCAUGAACAUACAUUUGGUACUGAGAACACCGUUGCUAGGAGUAACAGUGGAUUUCCCAUAUCAGAAGCAAGUAAGUACACAUAAUGCCAGUGGUGGCAGGUAACAAAGUAAAUGUACUUCGUUACUGUACUUAUGUACACUAACAAUAUAUAAAAUUUAUGAGAUUAAUUACUUCUUCUGUUCGAUUAAAAAUUUUUUGGUUAAUUUAGUAAAAAUGUUAAAAUCCUUGCAGUUUCUAAUGUGAAUUGGCAAAGAAUAAGUUCUGAGUAGUAAAAAAAAGCAUGUAACCUAGUACAUUUUUGCCCGAGUACUUUAACUUGAAAUGAAAGUCUGUUUAUGAUGUAACGUUUUGCUUUGUUAUUUUCAUUUUGUGUUGAAGUAUUUCGUUACUUUCAUUACUUUUAACUUGAUUUUUAGCAAAAAUCAAGAGGAAACAUAAGUGACAAUUGGUACUUCGGUACGCGUAGCCUGCUGGUGUCCUGUAUAGAGCUACGUCAAUGAGCCUUUCGUGAAAAAGUACUGUUAAAAAUAUGACGUAUAUGCAGAGGCUGCAAUCGAGUGUACUUUUACUUUUUACUUGUACUUCGAGUAUUUUUUUAAACUAAUUAUACUUUUAAUAACUCAAGUACGUUUUUAUCUGCGAUACUUUUACUUUCACUUCAAGUCAUUUUAAAGGUGAUUACUUCAACUUUUACUCGAGUAAAUACAGGAAAUUUAGUCACCACUGCACAGGGUCUUAGCUAGGAUUUUAGAUCUUGGGCGUGUUUCUAAAUGACCAGGGUGUGCACAUGUCAAUUACCUCAAAUAGCCAAAUUCACGGUUCUAGUUAUGCUCGCCAACAACAGACAAUACCUGUGUGGUUGUUCUAUGCUUUGCAACCAAAUACAACACGAGCAUACGCUCAUAUUACGCACUGACAUUAAAAUAUUAAAUUUUUUCAGCAACUCUUGGGGGUAUUUAAAACCAUUUUAACACCAUACAGUUCCCAUUAUCCACCAAAACAUUAAAACAUCACAUGCAGAUCACUUUCGCCAAUUUCAAAAAUAACCGUAGAUUUUACAAACUUUCUUACAACGUACAGUGAAUAGGAAGAAAUUCUGUCUGUUAUUUUAUGAACCUACACGGCCUUAUAUAAAUAAUGAAACCGCGUUCAUUUUAUGUAGCCAUGUUUUUCCCUUUUUGGCCGCGAUAACACGGCCAACACGGCCCUCUAGCUAAGACCCUGCCACUGCAUAGUGAAUAUUCAGACCCUUAGAUGUGAUCAUCAUUGUCUUUGCUUUAACUUUCAAUUAUUCUAACUUAUAGGAUUUCAAAGACGGGUUUUGCAGCUAUUAACUGAAAUCCGUAACACGGUAGCCCAGGUGGGAAAAAGAUGUUCUCCUGCCAAUUCUGAAAUGCAGAUUGAUCAGGCAAUGAGCUUGGAGGAACUGAAACGAUUAGACGCCAGUCUUGCUGAUAAAGACACUAGAGAUGACUUGGUAAGCAUAAUUUUGAACCUGCCUACGAAUUCUUGAAUUGACCAAAGCAUUCAAAUUAAUUCAAGCAAUUUUUUGAUGUAUGAAGAACAGAAGUAUGAGCGUGCUGUAGAGGAUUUCAGUUGUUCGUGAACCGAGAAAGUUUAUUAACCAAUUAUUUUUUAAACUUAUAUCGUAACUCAGCUGUAAAUAUAUGUGCAUGCUCUAUUACUCGACGUCUGACUCAAUUAGCAUGUAUGCCCAAUCCUCACAUAACCUGCUUUAGUCGUGAUAUGGAUGACAAUUGUUUUGCAGUUAUCAAGAAUUGUUGAUGUUGGAGGACUGAACAUCAGAGAGAAUGUCUGCAAUGUGAUGCACAGGUAAAUAGCCAUGAAAGUACGACAACACAAUUAAAGUGUGCUGGUGUUCUUAUAUAUUGUAGAUUGAAAGUCACCUUUCAUGCUAUUGGGAACUAUUAUCAAUAUUUCCAAUUCAUUUUUAGAUUGAUGAAUAAUGAAGUUAUGGCUUCAAUGAACAUGAAAGGAAAAGGCUCAAAAUAUGCUUUUGGGUCCACUAAAGUAUUUCAAGUUGUUGUAGGUAUGUGACAGUGUACUCUUUGUGGUGUAUUUUCCUGCAGCACCGCAUUCGUAAAAGUUACAUUAACUCAUGUGCCUUGAACUAAGCCUCGACGGUUCGAGCGAAUGCCAUUGCAAACAAACCUGCCUUACUUCAAAAAGUGUUAAAUGUUUUUUAAACAAGGGUGUUACUACAUGGCAAACAUGUUUGUGUUGUGCUGUGUAUAGCUGUUCUAAACACAGAAAUGCCCCUUGUUGGAAAGAAGAAAGAACAAAUUAAGUUUGAAAGAAUCCAUAGUCAAUUAGCCUUUCUCACGCCGCCAUUUUUGGGUGACAUUUCAGCCGAAGUCUGCGAGAUAAGUUCACAUAACAGCAACUUUUUAUAAUUUUUUGGACGAAUGAUGGUAAAUUUGCUUUGUAAAUGGUUAGUUUACUUGAAAAUUGCUUUUCACAUUGUUUUAAUUGGUUAACAAGAAUAAGAUGUCACCCAAAAAUGGCGGAUUUCGUCAUCGUGAGAAAGGCUAAUUUACAACAUCAACUUUUCUUUGAGAAAGUCCAGCUUAAAUUUAAUUACUUGAUCAGAAAAGUCAUGGUUAAUUUCCCCAUUUAAAUUUUUGGCGAAAAUUUUGUUUCUUCCCAUUUAAAGAAUAGUUUUUGAUUUUUCCGGUUUUGACUUGGUUUUUUGUCGUAGGGCAUUAAUGUCCCUAAGCGAUAUUAUGGGGAUUUUCCGGAUCGUUAUCAUAUCGCGUAAUUAUAAAUAUAAUCGCAACUAUAAUCAUAUUGUGUAGCUGAUGCUUGCCAAUGGUAGUCAUAUAAUGAAAACCCAUUGUUAAUAUUGUGCUCUGUAUUGUUCCUAGAAUGUGUGGUUAAAAAUCAAAAGACGACGGAAGUGGAGGUGGAGCGAGCUGUACAGCAACUGCUCAAGUAUGCGCCAGAUCGGCAAGGAGGAGGAGGACGAAAAGAAACUGUUUAA